AUGGCAGACUUUAAUGUCUCAGCAUAUGCUCAUAGUUCUGUGCACAAGGCCAUAGUAUUAAAGAAUCAUGAUGAUCUUCAGGAGAUUCUUGCAAGGUUACCAAAACUUUGUAACCCCUAUAAUAUUAAAAAUGAGGCUGCAGCAAUACAUGAAGAUGAUAAGGUUACAACCAUCUCUGCUGUGGUGCAUAGGAGGGAUGUGCCAAAUGGUGACACCCCUCUUCACUUGGCUGCAAAACUUGGUGAUGUGGUAGCAACUGAAAUGCUCAUUGCUGCUGGUGCAAAUUAUAGAUUGAAGAACAAGGAAGGAUGGACUGCUCUUAGAGAAGCUAUCAUUAAUAAACAAAAUAAAGUAGCAAAGAUUAUGAUUACUUAUUCUUGGAAUGAUUAUGAUGAAAAAUGGCAUAGAAGGUUGCCUCGUUAUAUAGGGACUAUGAGAAGGAUGAGGGACUUCUACAUGGAGAUCACAUUCCAUUUUGAGAGUUCUGUGAUACCCUUCAUUUCAAGGAUUGCACCUUCUGAUACUUACAAAAUUUGGAAAAGGGGUGGGAAUAUGAGGGCCGAUAUGACUUUGGCUGGCUUUGAUGGUAUGAAAAUAAAGAGGUCUGAUCAAAGCCUUUUUUUCCUUGGUGAUGGAUUAGAAGAUCAGAAGAAAGUCCCAGGAUCACUGUGCAUGGUCUCACACAAGAAGAAGGAAGUGGUUGUUGUUUCUGCACCUCCUGAAGAUUCAAAACCGACCGAUAGAGAGGUUAGGUUGUUAUUGGAUAAAAAGUCUAGAUCUCAAGUAUGUAAGGUUGGACUUGAUCUGAGUCAGGCACUUCUUGCUCCCCAAAUGACUUGGAGGGGAAAGGAGAAAAAAGAAAGUGUGGGGACAUGGAAAGCUAAGGUAUAUGAGAUGCAAAAUGUGGUUCUAACUGUGAAAUCCAAAGCUCUUCCUGGAGCUCCACCUGAUCCUAAGUCAUCUCCCGAAGAAAGUACAAAGGAAAAUGAAAAAUUUGAAGACACUUUAACAGAUGAUGACAGGAAGCAAUUAGAAGUUGCUAUGAAUGCAUCAGAUGAAAAUAGUCAUACUCACAAAAGUAAUGUAAAGAAAGAAAAGAAAGGAAGGUCUAGUGGACACAGAGAAAAAGGGCACCAUAAGGGAAAAAACAACAAUUCUGCUAACAGUAGGAGCCAGGUAAAUGCAAGUGAUGACACUGAGUAUAAGAAAGGGAUGAUGCCUGUUCUUUGGCUUUCCCAUGACUUUCCCCUAAAAAUUGAAGAAUUGCUACCAAUGCUUGAUAUUCUUGCCGAGAAAGUUAAAGCAAUCAAACGUUUAAGAGAACUCCUUACAACAACACUUCCAAAGGAAACCUUUCCAGUCAAGGUUGCCAUCCCUGUGGUGUCCACAGUUAGAGUAUUAGUAACUUUUACAAGGUUUGAAGAAUUACAACAAGUAGAUGAGUUUGAAUCAGCCCCAUCAAGCCCUACUAGUGCUGACCUAGAGAAUUCAAAUAUAGAACAAUCCUCAUCAACAUCGUCAUGGUAUCAGUGGAUGAAGACUCCCUCUAGAUCUGGUUCUUCUGCUGUGGAAUCUAGCAGUAGGACAAAUGAAAACCAAGAUCUAUUUGCUAUUCCCUCAGGUUAUACAUGGCUAACCUAUAGAGAAAUGGUGAAGAAACAACAAGAAAAGAACAAGAAAAAGCCACGGAAGUCAUAA